UCAAGAUAGCGCGCGGUCACGCGCGAGAGUGUAUACGUAGCACAGCGAUUGUGUUAAAAGGAGUGCAGCCAUCGCCUGCCGGCAUUCUGCCGUUCUUCAGUCGGAGGAGCUGCUUCUACGUGUUCGAUCUAGCGGUGGUUAUGUCAUCUAGGCUAGCGACGAAGAUGGCAGCUUCAGCUAAACAGCAACAAGCGACGCGGGCAAAGGGCGGCAAGACGGCGGUUAAACGAGCUGCUUCGACAGUGAGUUCCAUCGACGGUGCCAAGAAGCGCCGGCGCCGCCGCCGUGAGAGCUACAGCCUUUACAUUUUCAAGGUACUGAAGCAAGUUCACCCGGACACUGGAAUUUCGGGCAAGGCAAUGGCCAUCAUGAACAGUUUCGUGGCGGACAUCUUGGACCGUAUCGGCGAGGAGGCAGCGAAGCUAUCCAUCUGUUCCCGCCGUAGCACUGUUACUGCGCGUGAGAUCCAGACCGUGACGCGGCUGCUACUACCUGGUGAGCUGGCACGCCAUGCCGUCUCUGAGGGAACUAAAGCAGUGAGCAAGUACACGUCCUCGCAGCCGGGGUUACCGCCGCAUGCGCCACAGCAGUAGGCGGCUCUGUGGUUUGCCUUCCGUGACACAGCUUCCGGCCAAACUGCCGAAGCGUCGUGUGCUCGUUGUGGAAGACGCUUGGUGAACUUAUUUUCGUUUGUGCCAAAUUCCUUUUGUUCUGUCUUCGGCAAUGUUUAUCCCGGUAAUCAAAGAGUGAGGCCUGUAA